AUGAAUGUGGUACCAGAUUCUCUGUCGAGAGUGAAUGAAGAUGGCGUGGCUGCCAUAGACUUACGACAGGGUUUAAUUGUGGAUUUAGACUCGCCACAUUUCAAGUCUCAAGAGUACUUGGAGUUGCUCGAUAGCGUAAAAGCUAAUAGUACAAAUUUUCCGGAUUUAAAAGUUGAUAGUGGCUACGUGUAUCGUAAGGCCGAGCAUUUGACAGGAGAGCAGAUUCACGAUGAGUAUGCCUGGAAACUCUGGAUACCAAAAGAAUUGGUCCCUGAAAUUCUUUUCCAGUCGCAUGACAGUCCUUUGUGCUCACAUGGUGAAACUAUUGUCUCUGACAAUGGAUCGCAGUUUCGCUCUGAGGCGUUUGAAAAGCUCUUGAAACAGUAUGGAGUAAAACAAAUGUUCACCGCUGUUCAUUCCCCUCAAGCGAAUGCAUCCGAACGAGUUAAUCGCUCGGUAAUUUCGGGAAUAAGAGCUUACUUGCGUCCAGAUCAAAAGGAUUGGGACGAAAGCUUAAGCAAAAUAUGCUGUGCUUUGAGAUCGUCCGUGCAUUCGAGCAUCGGUACUUCUCCAUAUUACAUGGCUUUCGGUCAGCACAUGAUUACAUCUGGGUCGACAUAUGCAUUACUUAGUAAGCUAAACAUGUUGGAUGAUCGAUCAUUAGUAUUUAAUCGACAGGACUCUUUUGAUUUGAUCCGUAAGAAUGCAUGUAAGCUGAUGCAACUGAAGCAUGAUGUGAACGAGAAGCGUUACAAUUUGCGGUCAAAGAAUAAUAACUUUCGCGCCUGGACAAGAAGUGUUCCGUCGAAAUUUCAAGCAAAGUUGCUUCCAGACUGGCUAUAA